ACGGCACGGCUAUCGAUAGCACAACAACAAUCCACUGUACAGCGACGCCAGCAGCACAAAAUCGCAAUAAAACAAAAAGUAUUUAAUCACGCCUAAGUGGAGAUGACCAUGUCCGGGAAUCCGAGACCGUGCGCGCAACUGAGUGCUUGCUCCUGUGCCUAAAGUGACGGUGAUGCGGUCGGCUAUUAAUCUGCAGCCCGGGCAUUGCGCACUUCUACUUCUGCCUCCUAGUCUCUGCCAGCGUUAAUUGCGCUGCUCGCAGAACCAACAAAUAAAAAGUGAGAAAAAAAAAGGUGGAAAAAAAAGUAGCUCCAAAUAAUCGGGAGAGGAUGAGAACGUUAGUGCGUGGAAUUAAGUGUGCGGAUUGCAGUGCGACGAGCAACAAUAACAACCCGAUCCGGAUCGGGGGUAUAUAAAGGGUGCAGAGCACAACCACAGACACGUACAGUGCAGAGGCGUUAUCCUUGCUUCGUUUCUAUACGCUUGCUCCUGUUCUCCCUGCUCCUGCUCCUGCUCCUGUACCCUCUCCCACUCGUACGGCCUUGGGCGCGAGCUGGUGUGUGUGUGUGUGUGUGCGUGCGCGUGUGUGUUUGUGUGUCAGUGUAAGUGAGAUAUUCGUGUCCUGGGCAAAAUGCCGCCAGCUUUGAUAGCCGUAUCCGAGUUCGUGGAGGAGACACGCUCCGAUUACAACUCGCCCACCACCUCCACCUUCGCCUCCCGGAUGCCCGACUGCCGCCAGACGAUAGCCAUACUGGAAGAGCGCUUGGAAUUCGAUCGCGAGGGACUCACCAAGCUGAAAAAGGCGGUCAAGGCCAUUCACAACUCGGGAAACACUCAUGUCGACAAUGAGAUGUUCAUGGUGCGGGCCCUGGAGCGGCUGGGCGGGAAAGUCAUCGAUCAGGAUGAGCCGGACAUCGGAGCCGCCUUCCUCAAGUUCAGCGUGGUGACCAAGGAGCUGAGUGCCCUGAUGAAGACUCUGAUGCAGAACAUUAACAACAUCGUCAUGUUUCCGGUGGACUCGAUGCUGAAGAGCGAGCUGCGGGGCGUCAAGGGCGAUAUGAAGCGGCCGUUCGACAAGGCGGCCAAGGACUACGAGGCAAAGUUCAUCAAGAUCGAGAAGGAGAAGAAGGCCCAGGCCAAGGAGGCGGGCAUGGUGCGGACGGAAAUCGAUGCCGCCGUUGUGGCCGACGAAAUGGAGAAGGAGCGAAGGCUCUACCAGCUCCAGACAUGCGAGUACUUGCUCAAGUACAAGGACAUCAAGACCAAGACGGGCAUCGAGUUGCUGCAGCACUUUAUAGAGUAUUACCACGCCUUGAGCAACUACUUCAAGGACGGCUUGCAGACGAUCGAGCACUUUGGCAACUACAUCGGCGAUCUCAGCGAGAAACUGCACGAGAUCAAGCAGAAGCAGGACGAAGACCGGCGCAGUUUGCUGGAGCUCCGCACCCUUCUGCGCAGCACCCCGGACUUUGAGCGGCUGGACAAUGCUUCGGCCUCGGAGAACCGGAGUGCCGGAGCGGGUGCCGGCUACUCGCUGCACCAGCUGCAGGGCGACAAGCAUCACGGGGUCACCAGGCAGGGCCAUCUACUCAAGAAGAGCGAGGGCAAGGUGCGACGCGUCUGGCAAAAGCGACGCUGCCGGGUUACCAGCGAUGGAUUCCUGGAUAUCUUUCAUGCGGAUGAGUCCAAGCCGCCGACGCGCGUCAACUUGCUCACCUGCCAGAUCAAGCCAGUGCCGGACGACAAGCGCGGCUUCGAUCUGAUCAGCUACAAUCGUCCGUAUCACUUUCAGGCGGAGGACGAGGGCGACCAGAAGGCAUGGAUGGCCGUUCUGGUCAACUGCAAGGAGAAGGCUCUAACCAAGGCAUUCCAGCACGUCAAUCCGCAGAUGAGUCCCAGCCUCGUGGAGCUGCAGAAGACUGUGAUCCGCUACGUGCAACAGCUGCCGGGCAAUGAUCGCUGCUGCGAUUGUGGAUCGCGCAACGAUGUCACCUGGAUCAGUCUCAACUUUGGCAUCCUCGUGUGCAUCCAGUGCUCGGGCGUUCAUCGCGACCUGGGCGUCCAUCAUUCGCGCAUCCAGAGUCUCACGCUUGACAAUCUUACAACGGCUAAUCUGCUGAUAGCCCGUGCCAUGGGGAACAGCACGCUAAACGACAUAAUGGAGGCGAAGCUGGGCAGGGGAAGACUUCAGCAUGAGAGCUCCAUGGAGGAUCGUUAUGAGUUCAUUCGCGCCAAAUAUGUGGCAAAGCGCUAUGUGAUGCGCACUUGCGCGGACGACAACGACUUGAGAUGCGACUUGGAGCAGGCGGUGGUGAAUGCGGACAUGAGCCAACUCCUACAAGUUUGGGCCGAGGGAGCGGAUCUCACCUGCUGCCUGCCCAGCUCGGACGAUGGCGAGACUGCCCUUCACUUGGCCGUGCUCCGCGAAAUGGGCUCCACGCUGCACAUAGUCGACUUCCUGAUCCAGAACAUGCCGCCCAAGGGACUCAACAAGGCGACGAAUCCGGCAGGCCUGCUGGAUGUGACCGGAAAGAAUACGGCGCUGCAUCUGUGUGCUCUGCAUGAUCGCCGGGAGUGCAUGAAGCUGCUCCUUCGCUCCGGAGCAGACUACGAGCUGAAAAACUCACAAAACAAAACAGCACUGGAUAUUGCCAAAGAGAUGGGACACAAUGGCUGCAAGGAGCUGAUUGAAUGUGCCAUAAAGCGAGAGAAGAGCGCCUUCGACCACAUCAACACCGAUUGGAAUCUUCCCAACGAGGAUGGAUCAACGGACUUCAGCGACGACGACACUGUCAUCGAUGAACGCAAAUCUCGAUCGCGUCCCCCCAGUUUUGCUGGCGGGGACUCGCCCGUUCUGCGCUCUCGUUCCUCCACAUGCGACUCCAUUCAGUCCAGUUCUAGUCCAAUCGCCAAUUGCCCCAGUCGCCAGUUCACACUGCCCUCGGGCCUGCCCAGCUACACUCAGUCGGCGGGCACAUCGCCCAAGCAGCACAUUAGCGUGGGCCAGUACCUGGGAAGUGCCAGCAACGUGGGUGGAUCGUCCGCCGGGAACGGAGGCUCCAGCCCCAGCUCCGUUUCCAGCCAGAGUGUAAGGGCGGCGCGAAACAGCCUCAAUAUGCAGAACGAGCUUAGCGGGCAUGUGACCGGCGCCCGGAAAUCAACGUCAACGGCCAAUAUGAACUCCUUGAAGAAGCGCACAGCUCCGGCCCCGCCGCCUGGGACAUUGGGCAACGCCUCGUCCAGCUCAUUCUACGGCACCCUGCCCCAUCCGCCGCGGCAUUCCCAAAACUUUGAUGCCAAUGAUAUACGCGCCAUUAAUCACAAGAACCAGUCCCUGGACGUGGCCUACGGAACUCUGCCUCACCUGCGCAGCGUUGACAACAGCCCGCGAAGCGCCGGGGGAUAUGGAUACGGAGUUUCACAGGAUCCUGGUGGGUCAGGGAACGGCAGCAGCAACAGCCUCAUGCCCGCCAUGACCACUUUCGGCCACAAGCGUUCACCGAGCGGAGAGUCGCUGAACCGAAACAUCCACUUGGCUGGUGCCAAGCUGGUGUUACCACCAACAGGGGAGCUACCCACGCUCAAGCAUGUGGACAAAUCAGCGUUGACCCGACCAAAGAUACCACCACCAGGUCCGCCAUCAGAGCGGGAAAUAUCCAAUGGCCAGUCGAACGAGAGCAUAAGCUCCAUGGACGAGGGUCCUGUGGCACCGCCUCGCAAGCGCAAGCAACAAAACGCACUCAGAUGUCAGUCCAGCGAGGAGACGUUGAUUAACCAGUCGGCCAACUUCACCGAGUACGAGUCCUGGCACACUGACAUGGACAGCUCGGGUGGAGGCUUGGAUCAUUCCGCCGAGUCGAAUGUGUCCUCCAGUGACAAUGACCGGCUCAACUCAUCGCCAGACAAUCCCUCAAAAAGCGGAGGAUCAGGCCCUAGCGGCAAGUUUCAUUAUAACGGUCAGCGGCGGUGCCGAGCUCUAUAUGACUGCAUUGCGGACAACGAUGACGAGCUGGAGUUCAAGGAGGGCGAGAUCCUGAUCGUGCUGAACGAGCGCACCGAUGACGAGAACUGGAUGGAGGGCAUUAUCGAGGGCCAGCCCGCCAGGAGGGGCAUGUUUCCCGUCAGCUUCGUCCACAUGCUGCCCGAUUAAGAUUCUAUCCAUAGAUUUCCGGCCUGAAUGUAUGGGCUGCGCGUGAUUGUAUAUAGAUAUAUAUAUUUUGUGUGUGUGCAUGCGUCUUUUAAACAUUAACGAUACAUAAGUUUUUUAUUUAUUACAACCAUUACAAUUUUAUCACAAAGCGUGCGACUAUUUAUUUGCCUAAGACUAAACGUGACCGUCACAAGAAAGCAACUUUUGGCUUCAACUUUGCCAGACAACUCAUUUUAUAAUUGCGAUUUCUAUCAGAAUCAGAAAAGUAGUUGAUGGUUUUGCUGUGCAUAUCCCGAUAGCUUCCUUUCCAUGUUCAAAAGUUAGCUCCUCAAUGACUCUAUGACUUGCUUUAAUAACGAGAAAUGUCCUGAAAAUGCUGUAAUUCGUACCGUAACUAAAUCUAUCCUUAACUUAGCGUAACAAAAGUUACUCAGAGCGCUGCUGAAGGCGGAGAAAAUGAAAUUAUGUAUUGAUUGCUUAUACUAUAUGCUGCCAUAUACAGAUACUAACGAUAUCCAUGAGAUGGUCGACCUGGUCGGCUUCUUAGCUUACACUCGUACUCAAGUAUUCUAAAUCUGUUGUUGAUAGAUUGACGAGAAAGUUUAUAAAACAACGUUGAACAAAAAAUACCCAAACAAACAAAUAUAAGAAAAACAAACAAACCAAUGGCGAUAAUAAACAAAUAAAAUGCCCCAAUGCUAUUAUAAAGGAAUUCGCGCAAAAAUUUUGCAAAUAGAACAACAUAUAUAAGCCCCCUUUGUACCUAGAGUUGUUACCAAUUAAGUAACCCAAUAUAUUAACUUAUAUGCAUAUUACACAAUAUCGCGCUGUCGAAGAACUAACCAAGGUA